UUAUGCCAACACAAGUAUAUGAGGGGUUGUGUAAAAAUUAUUUUUCUCUUGCUGUACUACAAAGACAUAGAAUCGAACUGCUUUUUUUCGACAUACUGAUUUUUCUUUCUCUUUUUCUUCUCUUUCUUCUAUUUCUUGUGGAUAUUAUGGCUAAUAACACAACAAGUUUAGGGAGUCCAUGGCCAGGAAACUUUUGGGAGGACCUUAUCAUGUCCUUCACCGUAUCCAUGGCAAUCGGGCUGGUACUUGGAGGAUUUAUUUGGGCUGUGUUCAUUUGUCUGUCUCGAAGAAGAAGAGCCAGUGCUCCCAUUUCACAGUGGAGUUCAAGCAGGAGAUCUAGGUCUUCUUACUCCCAUGGCCUCAACAGAACUGGAUUUUACCGCCACAGUGGUUGUGAACGUCGCAGCAACCUCAGCCUGGCCAGUCUCACUUUCCAGCGACAAGCUUCCCUGGAACAAGCAAAUUCCUUUCCAAGAAAAUCAAGUUUCAGAGCUUCUACUUUCCAUCCCUUUCUGCAAUGUCCACCACUUCCUGUGGAAACUGAGAGUCAGCUGGUGACUCUCCCUUCUUCCAGUAUCUCUCCCACCAUCAGCACUUCCCACAGUCUGAGCCGUCCUGAUUACUGGUCCAGUAACAGUCUUCGAGUGGGCCUUUCAACACCGCCCCCACCUGCCUAUGAGUCCAUCAUCAAGGCGUUCCCAGAUUCCUGAGUAGGGUGCUUUUGGUUUUUGUUUCUUUCUUGUCUUGUCUUUUAUUGAAAGGAAAUCGUAAAUAGGCUAAACAGAAUUUUGAGGGCAUGGCCCAAAUAACUAACGAGUUCCAAGUUGAAGCAUGGUUGUGCGAGUUGGACAUUACAAUGUAAAACGUAUUUUCUUGGAGCACAUGUUUUCCCUUUUGUUUCAAAAAAUGUAAUAUUUUCUCCCAAGGGUUUUAUAUUUAUGUAUUUUGUAUUCAAUGUGAGGCUUAUUAAAAACAGUGAUUCUAAUGUAAGAAUCCACUGAGAUGCAUUAUAUAUAUUUUAAUUAAAAUUAAAACUUUAGAUAUUUGUGGAUUACAAUCCUCAUUUACUUCCAAUGUGACUA